UUGUUGCCCCUCAAUGAGAUCCAGUGGAUUGUCUGUUCUGGUAACUCUGAAAAUGAGGAAAAUAAAAUAAAUAGAUUAAUUUUUGAAUCUUGCAAAUUGUGUUGUUUUGUUUCCCAGAAACAGAUGAUCCGAGUAGUGAAAUUAAAUUUUUUUUAAGUUGCUCUUUUCUUUUCCUCAUCUUUCUCAGCAACCAAAUGAAGCACUUGGAAGCUUCCGCCAGAUGCAAUAUUUUCUUCCUUCUCUUGCAUAUUUAGUUCAUAACAUAGUCCACACACUGUUUUGAAUCUACAAAACAUGAUUGCUUCAGAAUCUGUUUAAUAAAACUAAUAUGUGCUGUAUGACUGUAUCUCACACACAUUUGCUUAGAUUGCCUUUGCUAUGAAUAUGAUAUUAACUGCCAUUGAUAGUCAUAGUCAUAGUCAUAGUCAUAUUGGCUGCAACUUUCUUAGCCAAAUUCUUAUAAUGAUAGGAGAUGUCACCCGCAAACAAGAUGUUCAAAAAGCGCUACGCGGCGCAGAUUGUGUUUUUCACCUUGCUUCAUAUGGCAUGUCUGGGAAAGAAAUGCUCCAAUUUGGCCGCGUGGAUGAUGUGAAUAUAAACGGAACUUGCCAUGUCUUGGAGGCUUGUGUUGAGCAUGGGGUUAAGAGGCUUGUUUAUGUGAGCACAUACAACGUUGUGUUUGGGGGUAAGGAGAUUAUCAAUGGCAAUGAAACCUUACCUUAUUUCCCUCUUGAUGAUUAUGUUGAUCCAUACAGCCGCAGCAAAUGUAUUGCUGAACAGUUAGUUCUAAAGAGCAAUGGGCGUCCUCUCAAGAAGAAGAAUGGAAAUCUCUAUACAUGCGCAAUUCGUCCGGCUGCUAUCUAUGGACCAGGUGAGGAGAGACAUCUCCCCCGCAUUAUAAAUCUUUCGAAGUUAGGUCUGCUGCCAUUCAAAAUUGGUGAAGAAAGAGUGAAGUCAGACUGGGUUUAUAUAGAUAACCUUGUUCUGGCCCUAAUAUUGGCUAGCAUGGGACUCUUGGAUGACAUUCCCCAGAGGGAAGGACGUCCAAUAGCUGCUGGUCAACCAUACUUUCUAUCAGAUGGGUCUCCAGUCAACAGUUUUGAAUUCCUCCGCCCACUACUCCAGAGCCUGGAGUACGACCUGCCAAAGCGGUCAUUAGCUGUCUCUCAUGCUCUUGUUCUGGGAAGGAUAUUCCAGUUGGUCUACACUAUCUUAUAUCCAUGGUUGAACCGAUGGUGGCUUUCUCAACCAUUGAUGCUUCCUACUGAAGUGCACGAGGUUCACUUCUAAAUUACCUCGG